GUGUUCGACCCCAGCACGGCCACCACCCGCGGGGCGGCGGGGCGCGAGCAGCGGGGCCGCAUCACACUGCUGCUGAGGUACCUGCCGGAGCACCGGGAGGGGCUGUGUGCGGCCCCCCUCGGCACCGCAGCUGCCAGCACGCACCCCCCCCCGGCCUGCACCGGCAACGGCAACAGCGGCACCUGCAACAGUGUCCAGCCCGACGGUCGCACCACCAAGGGUCGCAACAGCAACACCCGCCACACACGCACGCAGUCGCUGCCAUGGGCUGCCAGCAGCAUGCAGCCCCCCGGCGGACGGGGCGACAGGGCCCACUCGGUGCCCUGCAAGCCCUUCGACCCCUCGGGGCCGCCGCAGCCGGGCUACGCUGGCUGCAACGGAGGCGGAGGCUGUCCGGAGGAGGAGGAGCAGGGGGGGACGGGGGCCGGCGAGG